ACACAAUUAACACGCGCAAAGCACUUAAGUCUUCUAGCUGCAGUGCAGAUUUGAACAGACAAGGUAGUUCCUGCCUGCAGGAUCGAAAUAUAGCCGAGGGCAAAGUGCACAAUGCAGCCCAUCAGCUGAUGGAUGGCACUAGUUGGUUCCUCUGCCCCCUUCCGAGUCCUGAAGGUGGAUCAGAUGCAAGGUCCCCCCGUUGCAAAAUUCAGUUCUCACCGGACUCAGAUGCCUGCAAGCUGGACGUGAGUGCCCCAGCACUCUCCCUGCUUGUGGGCCCCAGCGCCUCUUGCUAAGAGGCCUGCCAUCUCUGGCAGUGGUGGCGGCGCACAGCUAUAGUAGCUUCUGCUAGCUCUACCUGCCAUGCGUUUGCCUAACCCCUUUUAAUAGUCAUGCAUCUCCCAGCCACCCUCCCUGAGAGGCAGCAGGUGCUGCUCCCCAGUGGCAAAGGCCAGAGUGGGCUGCCCAUCUGUCCUCCAGUCCCAGGACAGCAGGCCCCUGGAGCAGAGUGGCCUGGCAGGGCGGCAGUAAACUCCUUGCAGCUCCCACUUAUGUGAAUAACUUUUAAAAUAUUCUGCUACCCAAUCAACCAACAGAUACUUCCUAUAUUUGAUCCAAUUUUUUAGUUGAUCUAAGUGACAGAAUGGACUAAACAUUGCAGCCGUAAUAUAUCUAGGCAGCUGGGAAAACACACUCCUCUCCAUCUCUUCCAGGAAUGAGGUGUUUAAUCCAGAGUUUCCAGAGUUGCCCAGAUGGCGUUGCCUACAAUCCCUUCAUUUUGGAGCAACCGCAGCAGAGCCCUUGAGCAGCAGAUUGUGCACCACCGUGAGCAAGAAGCCCGUUUCCGGAAACUGUGGGAGCUGAACAGCCGCUAUUUUCAACAGUCUGGGGUCUACAGCUCAAAGCAGGCCCAAUGGAGUUCACGCCACUCCUACAAGCAAAGCAUGACCGCCUAUCACCGUGAGAAGCUUAAGGAAGAGAAGUGUCUCAGCCUGGAGCAGAGACGCAGGCAGCUCCAGAAGCUGCUCUUUGAGGAGCGUGAGAUGCUGGCAGCAGAGCUGCAGGAGCUGCAGCUGAACAAGGAUGCAGACCUGAGUGAAAAGAGGCGGAGACAUGACGAGCUGAAGUCAGCCAGAGAGGAGCGGAGAAAACAAAUUGCAGAGGAUUGUCUGUACGAGUGCUGGAAGAACAACAGCGCUAAGCUCCGAGAGGUUGGGUCCAAACUGCACAAGGAUCACGUGGUGGAGGCCUGGGGAGAUCAGCUGACUCAGAAGCAACAGCGAGAAGCCACUGAGCGGGAAGAGAAGAUCCGUGCAGAAAGCAAAUACGAGGCAGCCCGGAGCGAAGCCCUGGAGAGGAUGAAGGAGGAGGAGGAGAGGCGGAAGCAGGAAGAAAGGAAGCAGGCAGAGUUCCUGCAGCAGCAGAUGAAGGAGCUGCAGCUGCGGGAGGUGGAGGCCACAAAGCUGAAGAGGGAAGAGGAGAACCUGCUCAGGCAGCACUGGGAGCUGGAAGCCCUGGAGGCCAAGCGGAAGUGCCAGGAGCAGGAGAGGAAGAAGACUGAACUUGGGCGCUUUCUGAGGCACCAGUAUCAAGCCCAACUGAAGAGGCGGGCCCAGUGGAUCCAGGAGGAGCUGGAGAAGGACAGGCAGAUUCUCCUGGCGCUGAUGGAACAGGAGGACGAGGACCAGCAUCUGAAGUCUGCCCAGCGGGAGCAAGCGGUGGCUGUCGUGGCCUGGAUGAAGCAGGUCAUUGAGGAGCAGCUCCAGCUGGAAAAAGCACGGGAGGCAGAGCUGGAGACCGUCUUCAGGGAGGAAGCCAAGCAAGUGUGGGAGAAGCGAGAACAAGAGUGGGAGAAGGAGCGCAAGGCCCGGGACAGACUCAUGGCUGAGGUCCUGGCGGAGAGGGAGCGCCAGAUCCAAGAGAGGAUGGAGAGGAACAGGCAGGCGCAGCAGGAAUCGGUGAAGUCCCGGGAGCAGCUGAUCCAGGAGCUUGAAGUGGCCAAGCAGCUGACGCACCGGGAGAAGGAAAAGGAGGCUGCGCUGAAAACUGAGCGCAGGCGGGAGUUGGAAGCGCAGCUCACAGAGCGGCAUCGGCAGGAGCAGGAGGAGCUGCAGUGCCAGUGGGAGGAAGCGGCUGAGGCCAAGCAGCAGGAGCAGCGCAACGCAGAGUUGGAGCAACUGGCCGCCAGGCGCAUGAUGGAGCUCGGCUAUCGCAACAAGAGCUACAGCUAUCCCAAAGCAGCCUGGACCUAAAGAAGUGAGAGGGGGCUUGCUUUCCAGUUUCAGUAGAUUAAAAUCCUAAAUGUGGGAGCAGCUUCCUGGUUGCAUCCUGCUGGGGGUGCUGUGGCAGUAUUUGUAUAGAUUAAAAAGGAGAGAGGCUGGAGGGUUGCAGCCCCCCCCCUUGCACAGCAGCCCUCUCCAGCUGAAGGCUUUGGCCCUUCCUGGAGGGCAGGCACAGCUGUGGCUCUAAGAGGCUCUGCAGGCGGGGAUUGCUGAUCCUUCAAGGCACUUGGGGGAGAUAUGGGACGGUGGUGGACAGACUCAGCCAGCAGGCAGCAGCUCAACCACACACUGUCCUUGCAAGCCUUCACCUUCCCCAAACUUUGAUGUGGAAGUAGCAGCUACCUAUUAUUGCUGUUGGCAAAGCAGUGCAAGGAAGAAGAGGGUGGGAGGCUCCAAGCACUUCCCAUUCAGGCUCUGACAGGGAUGUCCAAAAGCUCAAUAAAGCUUUUUAACUCUCUUAACGCAA